AUGGCCCAUCCUGUCAGUUAUGGACAGGUCAUUGAAUACAUCCAAGAUCGCCUAUACCUAGCAUCCUACGCCCAAGCUCCCAACGAGAGCACUCCUUUCCCAUAUCCUGCUCAAGCCAAGCGGUCUCCGCACAAGAAAUCGUCCAGGUCGCAAGCAGGUCCAACCAGCGCUACCCUGCGACCCCCGCCGGUCUACUUCACGAUUGACGACACCCUUCUCUACAAUGCUUUCCACGCCGACUUCGGUCCGCUGCAUAUUGGUCAUCUGUACAGAUUUGCUGUCCAAUUCCACGAGAUCCUAGGAGAUCCGGCAAACAAUGACAAGGCUGUGGUGUUUUGGAGUCGAGCAGACUCCCGGAGUCGGGCCAACGCCGCAUGUCUGGUGGCGUGCUACAUGGUCCUGAUACAAGCAUGGCCUCCUCACCUUGCCCUUGCGCCAAUUGCACAAGCAGAUCCUCCCUACAUGCCCUUCCGAGACGCAGGUUACAGCCAAGCCGAUUUUAUCCUCAACAUUCAGGAUGUCGUUUACGGUGUGUGGAAAGCAAAGGAAGAAAAUCUAUGCCAACUUAAGGAGUUCAAUUUAGAAGAAUACGAACGAUAUGAAAGAGUAGAUAUGGGAGACUUCAACUGGGUUUCACCACAGUUCGUCGCCUUUGCUUCACCCCAGUCAGAGCCUACGGCCCCAAUACCAAUCUCAUUUCCAGCUUACGCAACUCUGCCAACUUGCGUCCCAGAAAUUCCAAGCGCGAGAAUAUCGCAGCCCUUCAAGAACGUCCUCACUCAUUUCGUCCAGCGGGAUGUUGGUCUCGUGGUCCGAUUGAACUCGGAGUUGUACUGCCCGACAUACUUUACUGCUCUUGGUAUUGAACACGUUGACAUGAUCUUUGAAGACGGCACGUGUCCUACGCUGCCCAUUGUUCGGAAAUUCAUCAAGCUAGCUCAUGACAUGAUUGCCAAGAACAAAUCCAUCGCUGUUCAUUGCAAAGCCGGCCUUGGAAGAACGGGAUGCUUGAUUGGAGCUUAUCUGAUCUAUCGCCAUGGCUUCACUGCCAACGAGGUCAUUGCAUUCAUGCGAUUCAUGCGACCUGGGAUGGUUGUAGGUCCACAGCAGCAUUGGCUACACCUCAACCAAGGAAAAUUCCGAGAGUGGUAUCUGGAAGAUCAAUGGAAGGCAAAGAUGGAACUCGCAAAGCCUGCUACGCCUCGCACCAUGUCAACGAAGACACCUAUGCGCAUCGCUAGCGGUGGUGUGCAACAAUCAACGCCUGAUCGAUCAGGUGCACGGCGAUCUGCCCUUGGUGAAAUCGAUGGUAACGACGUCACCAAAUCAGAGCCUUACCAGGAUGAGAACCUGCCAGCACCGACACCUGGGCAGCCAAGGAAAUAUGCUCGUAUGGAUUCGAGAAACCAUCCCUAUGCACGAUCUACCUCGGGCGCCGUCCGUGUCAACGGUGCCAAGUCAGAGAGUGACGCUUCUUUCCGACGCAGUGUGAAUGGAGCGGAUAGCGAAGAAGAACUGAUUCUUCAGAGAGCUGCAUCUCGAAGAAGCCAAAGCAAGAGCCCGAUGGGAAGCAAGGGCAAGUCCCGCAGUGUCUCGUACACAACCACCACUACAACCGUGACAAAAUCAUUCGAUAUCGGAGAUGAAAUGAACAUCUACGAGGAUGAAGGUGAUGCCAACUUUCAACUCGAAGACACCAACGCAAUCUGGGACGAGCUUGCUCAGGAACAAGAAAACCUCAAGCUCAGCACCGUGAGUGAGAAGGGAUCCCGACCAAAGACGCCGAGAGCUGCCAGUGGUAUGGGUGCCAUGAGCGUUUCAAAGACUAGAUCUUUGAGAGAAUCUCCUCGUCGAAGUGGUGGUGAAGACAAGACCAAGGUGCGCAAGACCAGUGGCCGAGUGGGAAGUGCGAGCCAUGGUCCAAUUGGCGUGAAGCGGUGA